UUUUCAUCAAUCUCUCUCAGAACACGGCAGUUGAGUCGAGAGGAGAAAACCCUGAAAUCCUUCCUGGACAUGCCUGUGGAAAAAUGGAUUGAAUCGUCGUUCGAGGUGGACAGUCCGCUUUACCUAACAUCACUGUCGCUGUUUGUUUACUCACUGGAAAACUGGAAUCAGUCAAAGAUCACUUUCCUAAAAAGACUUCUCGUUACUGCGCAUGCUCGGCAUACAAAUCCCUCGGGAACGUCUAAGAUAUCGAAUGUAAACAUGGCCGAGUAUUCUGUGUACCGACCGUAUAUCGUGUACUUUGUACUUAUCGAUAGACUUCAUCAGUUGCCGAAGAAACAUUUGGCGGCGGAUGAUAGUGGAUGGCCGCAAGGAAUGUUGGAUUAUAUUCGAAACAACGAUGAAGCCGUGUUAAACAGCGGCGACAAGAUUUUUUUCUUCUAUCAGACGGAUCUUUUACCAUCAGAGUCACUGAUGGAGUUGUUUGAUGUCGCAGAACUGCUGUCUGUCAUCCCAGAACCGGAAAAGUUUAUUUCUGAGCUUCUCGCCUCACUGCCCAAGUAGAUCCUCGCUCCAAAGAGUCAACUUCAGUUAAUCAGACC